UGUGCUGCUGCGCCGGGUAUUUAUCAGAAGAGUCGUGACUAUCCCGUUUACACUGCUAGUUAGGCGGACAGACGGUUCCUGGUGUACUCGGUUUCUCCUCUCAAGCCUGUGGCCUUCGAUUGGUUUCGCAAAGUGCGAUUUUUUGAGUCGACGUUGUUAAUUAAUUUUGUAUAUUUAGUUUAUUUUUAUAUUGUGUGAGUAAGAAUGUCGGCGCCUGAAUACUCCCCGUUCUUCGCAGUGAUGGGUGCCUCUGCGGCUAUGGUGUUCAGCGCCUUGGGAGCAGCCUAUGGCACAGCCAAGAGCGGUACAGGGAUAGCCGCCAUGUCCGUGAUGAGGCCGGAGCUCAUCAUGAAGUCCAUCAUCCCAGUGGUCAUGGCGGGUAUCAUAGCCAUCUACGGCCUGGUAGUAGCAGUUCUGAUUGCCAACCAAAUCACAGAUACAGUCACCCUCUACAAGAGUUUCCUCCACCUGGGCGCCGGGCUGAGUGUGGGCCUCAGCGGGCUGGCAGCAGGCUUCGCAAUCGGCAUUGUGGGUGACGCGGGCGUGAGGGGCACAGCUCAACAGCCAAGGCUUUUCGUGGGCAUGAUCCUCAUCUUGAUUUUCGCCGAGGUCUUGGGUCUCUACGGGCUCAUCGUCGCCCUCAUUCUCUCAACAAAAUAAACACCCAAAACAUCUCCACUACAAGAUCUGUCCUUUAUGUUGCUGCUGGAGAAAAAGUGUAAAACGGGGAAAAAAAAAAAAUUUUAAAAAAAAAAAAAUCUCUGCCACUCAAGAUGAAAGAAGUGAAGGCGCGGGAAAAAAUUCAAAUGGCUCCAUAAAUAUGGUCUUAUCUCAACAAUGUGUACAGUCGUCCCAAUUUGAUAGUCAACUUGUAAAUGCGCAAUGUAGUGAUUUGUCUGUCUUGUGUGCGUGUGCGUGUGUUUCAAAAUUGUAUGAUGAAGAUUCCAUUUUAUUUCCCUCCACUUAUUUCGGGCCUUGAGGCCAGCUGAGGCAGCUCGGCCUCUGGUCUUAGAGAGCUGACCAAAGGGCCGCACAGCUUUUUCUCCUCCCAUAUCGACUCGGGAGUUGACACAAUUUCUGCAUUAAUCUUGAGGAUCUAUUUGUAAAGAGAAAUGUAUAUGGACUUAAGAUUUUUUUCCACUGAUUUUUAUUUAUAAGAAAUUGUUCAUUGAACUGUUUAAUGCAGCAAAAGUCUUUAAUCCCCCCCCCAGGAUAUAUUAUACAUAUAUACAGUCAUAUAAAUAUCUACAUAGAUAGAUUUAAUGCACUGUGGGUUAAUUGUGAUAAGUGGUUGGAAUUCCUCUGGAUGUAAUUCUUGGUUUAAUAAUUAAGAUUGCCUUUAGUAUGUUGCUGGUGAAGUGGGAGUUUUUGUGUGUAGCUGUAUUCUAAUCAUUACGCAAACAUUCUCAAACUUCAGUGUUUUUCCUGUAGUACUGCUGUUUGCAUUAAAGGUGUGUGUGCCCCGUGUUGGGUCUCACAAGUGUAAUUUCCAA